CAAUUUCGUGAUACUUUAAAAAAUACUUUAUAGAUUUCCCCUAAAUAAUCUCUUUAUUUUCAUAUUGGAAAUUAAAUGUUGCCUGAAGGUAUAUCGAAAAUAAAGAUAUUCUUAGAUAUAAAAUUGGCAGAUAUAUAUGACAAAAAGAAGGAUCCAGAGGAUGGAUUCCUAUAUAUAACUUAUUCAGAUCUAGAGGUUUUUGGAUUCAAUUAAUGA